AACGCUGCGUAUUAGAGAAUAUUAAACAACCUCGUCGAAGAACAUUCUGGGUUGACGUUUCAUCAUUCGCGGUUGUUGAAUUCUGAGCAGCCACCGUGAACCGGUCUCACCUCGUUGACUCAUUCUCCGUCCACUUGCGAAAGAGAAGAGAUCUGAAACCCUAACCUAACCCUAACAGAGGUAAUGGAUUCAGUGCCUCGAAGAAGCAGAGGAGGAGGCGUUUUCGAAAGCCUCUACAAGGUCCUCAUGCGCCGCAACUCCGUCUACGUCACCUUCAUCAUCGCCGGCGCCUUCCUCGGAGAGCGGGUCUUCCCCCUUUCCCCCUUCAAUUCCAACAAGCUGUGGAUUACGGAGUUCACAAGAUCUGGGAGCACAAUAACGUUGGGAAACGAUAUGAAGACAUUCCUGUACUAGGGCAAAGGCAAUCAGAAGAGUGAACAUCACGAGUUAAAUAAUGGUUUUAGCUUUAGCAACUUGUUAAAUGCUUUAUGUUUGUAAAAGCUUGAUUUCAAUGACUAUUUGGAAAUAUACAGUAUUGAAUUAGUUCACAUUUCUGUAUUGAAUUUUAUCAGGGAACAUUGAAUUGUAUUCACUUGUUUUUAUAUAUAUAUAAAACUUUUUU